GCUGGAUCCUGGACAUUGUCUCCGGUGAAGAUCCCCCGGUCACACGGCCUCCCUUUGUCCGUCCGGGCCUUUGUUUUCGUCGGAUUGAGGCUUGGAACCGCAUCCGGUCACGUAGGCUCCACUUCCCCCCAAAACAAGACCACGUGUGCGGGGAAUGAAUGGCCGGCUGUCACGGCGGAGCAGGCGUGCAGACCCCGGCCUCGGAGAGCUGAAAACACCCGGUUGCAGCGGACUCUUUCACCGCUGAGCGAGAGGAGACAAACGCCACCCAUCAUGAGCUUUGUGGAGUACUCGGACGUCAUCCGGGAUGGAGACGUGGCCAUCGUUUACCUGAACCACACCUCCGCCAUGCCCGUCAAGGUGCAGCAGGGCGCCCAGACGCAGACGCGCUACGGGGUCAUCCGCCACUCCACCGACCUGAUCGGCCGGCGCUACGGCUCCAAGGUCACCUGCAGCAAGGGCGGCUGGGUGCACGUGCUCCACCCGACGCCCGAGUUGUGGACGGUGAGCCUGCCGCACCGCACGCAGAUCCUCUACACCACCGACAUCGCCACCAUCACCAUGAUGCUGGAGCUGAAGCCCGGCUCCGUCGUCUGCGAGUCAGGUACGGGCAGCGGCUCGCUGUCUCACGCCAUCCUGCGCACCGUGGCGCCAUCGGGCCACCUGCACACGGUGGAGUUCCACCAGCAGCGGGCGGAGAAGGUGGCGGAGGAGUUCCGGGAGCACCGCGUGGAUCACCUGGUCACCGUCAGGAACCAGGACGUGUGCCGGGACGGCUUCGGCGUCACCGGGGUGGCCGACGCCGUCUUCCUGGACAUCCCCAGCCCCUGGGAGGCGGUGCCGCACGCCAAGGCCGCCAUGAAGAGACAAGGUGGCCGCCUCUGCUCCUUCUCUCCGUGCAUCGAGCAGGUCCAGAGGACGUGCCAGGCGCUUGCGGAUCAGGACUUCGAGGAGAUCAGCACCCUGGAGGUCCUGCUGAGGGUCCACGACGUCCGGACCGUCUCCCUCCCGCUGCCCGACUUCGGACAGGACUCCUCGACCCGGGACCCCCCUUCCGACUCCACCGCCGCCCCUCCAAACCCCCCUGCCGUCACCUUGAAGACCACCACCCCGCCCAGAGAGAUCCCGGGACACACGGGGUACCUCACCUUCGCCACCAAGCCCAGAACCUGAGGCGGAGGAGCGGAGAGUUCCCUCUAAUGCCUUCUGAGUGCGAGAUAAUCCAGCGGGGGGCUCCAGGCUCCUCCACCGCCCGCCUGGCACUGCAGGAUUUACAGUCCUGUUACAUCAUGUUGCACUCCGUCACCGGUCUGUCACAUGAACCAAGCAGGAGAGAAACUACUCUGUGAUUUCUGUUCAGAUUUAUGCCGUGAAAACAGGCCCCAACUUUUCAGUCAUCUGUUUUAGUCAACAAUGUUAUCAUGUGGGGAACAUACUUUUAUUUUUUUGUUUAACACGUUUUUUUCACUUUUGUAUCAAAGUAAAUACAAUAGAUGUGAAAACAUCAUGUCUUCUUUCAUUCUGCCUGUAACUUACUGAAGUAGCUGAACAACCGAGAAAAAGUGACUUAUAGUCUGGAAAAUACGGUAAUCCAAAAAAAAAAUCUUCUCCCUAACCCUGUUCAAAUGGUAGUAUUGUUAUUCAUCCUCACAUCUCCAUGGUAACCGUCAAGCGGCGUCCGAUAGUGUCACUGAAUGCCUGUAAUCACAGCAAAUGUUACCGAAACACAAACUCGUCUGAAUCCCGUCUCGUUGGCAGCUCAGGAAAUCGGCCCGACGUCUCAGUCAGAGCAGACCUGGUGGCGGCGAGUUCGCCUAACUUCCUCCAUUCAGCCCCGAAAAGCCUAAAAACCGGCGAAUUGAAGGUGGCGGCCGUCCUGCAGGGUUUAACUGUGCCACCUAUUUAAGAGCAGCGCAUCCAUCUGCAGCUGACAGCCGAGCAUCUGCCAGCGAAAAGCCAGGCGUGCUUUA